AUGGAAAAUGGUCAGGAAGUGGGGGUUGAGGAGAACAAUAACAAUAAUCGAGCAAAAGAAGAUGCUCGCCACAUUUUCAAAUAUAAAGAAAAAGUAUUCAGUCCCCGUGAGUCGAUGUUGACGCAUCUCUUCCAAAACACCGAGAUGUCCAUCGUCUACAAUUUCCUCGCCGGCGCGUUUAUAUUGUUCUUUUUACGAGCAUUGGUGGACGACGUGUUCACGCAUGGGAUGCCGUUGCACCAUACAUGGUUGAUAUGGUGGAACUUUGAAAAGUUCCCGCUGACGAUGAUCGUGUGGGGGCUGAUGUUUGCAUCGACGUUGAUUCCAUAUUAUGCAUUAAAGGCGUGGGCACAGAUGCCUGAAAAAGAAGUCACCUUCCAAUCUUCUGGUGUCUGGAUUGCUGCCCUCACCGGCUACAUCUUCCUCCUCUUCUACCUCCCCCUCCAGUUCCUCUUCAGCGCUGAAUUAAAUUGUGCCUGCUCCUUCAUCAUCACUUGCGAAACGACCCGAUUGUCAAUGAAAGUCUACGCCUUCAUCCGAGAAAACCUCUCAAAAGCCAUUUCUCGCAAAACGGCCUAUACUUCCUUCAAAAAUGAAGGAGAGCCGCGAGCUGAAGAAGACGAUUGGCCUACAUUGGAGCAAUAUUUCUACUAUCAGUUUUGUCCCUCAAUGAUCUACAGAGAUCAAUAUCCGAGAUCGGAAAAGACAGAUUGGAAGAAGGCUGCAUUCCAUGGGCUCCAUUGCUUGAUUCUGAUUGAAUUCGUCAAUUUGGUAUUUACCCAAUGGGUCGAGCCAGCCUUAUCUACAGUUUCUUACCCAAACACUACAUUUACCGAGUCACUACUACGACUUUUCUCUUCAAUCUUGCCGGGAAUCGUUUGUCUGGUUACGCUAUUCUAUGGUCUUCUACAUUCUUGGUUGAAUAUGUUUUCCGAGAUUUUGACAUAUGCUGAUCGGCAUUUCUACGAUAAUUGGUGGAACUCAAACAACAUGGCUGAAUAUUAUCGCAACUGGAAUCUGGUGGUACAUGACUGGUUGUACAAUUACGUGUAUCGCGACGUGGCGCUGUGGAUCGGCGGGGGUCGCGGGAAAAUUAUUGCCCAGACGUGCGUCUUCUUUUUAUCGUCCGUGUUCCACGAGUAUUGGUUUGGGGUGGCGUUUCGAUGCUUUUACCCGGUUAUGUUUAUGCUGUAUUUUGUUUUUGGAGGCGUGUUUUUCUUCGUGUCACGUACAAUCACAAACCGUCAUGUGUGGAAUACGGCGCUUUGGUUUAAUUUGCUGAUCGGAACCGGAAUGUUUGUCGCAUUCUACGGCCAAGAAUGGUAUGCCCGACGUGGACAUUGCGCUCCAAGAAACAGCGCAUUUAUCGACGCGCUCUUCCCCCGACACUGGACCUGUGUGGCUCCGAGUUUAGAA